AUUACCCAAAUAACCCCACAAAGACGAAUACUUCUAAUCUUAUAAAGUUAUAAUAUAGAAAAAUCCCUGCGGUCGAUUCACCAUCCGUGCACUCACUCAUAUAAAUAUUCACACACAAAACAAAUAUUUCUCCACAAAAAAAUAAAGAAAAAAACAAAAAAAACAAAGGAAAAUGAAAAACUCAUAAAUUUCCUUAGUGAAACGAAACCUUCUUACUCUACCAGUGAAGAACUAGGCCGGAAACCGCCCAUUUUCACGGCGGCGAUUGCAGAGAGAGGAACCAAAAAAAAGCUCUGCAGAAGUUUAUUUUUAUUUUUAUUUUUUGUAACAGUGAUUGAAGAAGAAGAAGGCUUUUGAAAAUGAAGCCAUCGGCGAAGCCGAUAUCGAGCCCAGGCCGGACAGAGAAAUUCCCACCGCCAUUGAUGAGGUUUUUGAGGAGCAAUGUGGGAAGCAAAAGCAGAGGAAGGUCACGUGCUAGUCCGAUGAUGUUCAUGAGAAAGAAGAACAACGCCACCGCCAUUGAAACCCAAGAGCCUUCGUCUCCUAAAGUCACUUGCAUCGGCCAAGUUCGAGUUCGUCGCUCCUCCACGCGCCGCCGAAGACGUUCUGGUACUACUACGCGCCGUCGUUGCCGCUGGAUCCGAGCAGCUCUAUUUUGUCCCUGUUUUCGAAAGAAAUUCAAACCCAAGAUAUUUCAGAGAUGGGUUUCGUUUUUCCAACGUGGGUUCCGCCGAAAACCCAAAAUUAGAACAAAUUCACCGCCGCGUGAAACCCCCUUCCACGGCGGAUUUGAAAAUUCAAACCCAGAAACCCAAGUUGUUGCCGCUGUCGACGACGACGACGACGAAGAAGAAACAGCCGAAGCGUUCAUUUCUUCUAAUUCGUCGCCCCCAAAAAACGCAUUGUUACUAACGAGAUGCAGAUCUGCUCCAUAUCGAUCGACAUCAUUAGCGAGUAGAUUUUGGGGGUCUCCUUUGAGAAACGAGGAAAAUCAGGAAGAAGAAGAAGAAGAAAAAGAACAGAGCACGAAGCCCAACAAUGGCGGAAAAACAGUCGAGAUUGAGAAACCCACAUCCCAAAGAGCCUCAGUUUCGGAUCAAGAUCCGAGUGGAGGCUUAGAAUUCGAGGAGGACGAGGAAUUUGCGAAGAACAUUGACGAACAUUCUAUCUCAGAAAGAAUCAUCAAAUCAGCCAAUAUCGAACGAGAAAAAACAGGGGAAGAAGAAGAAGGCCUUGGAAUCUCAUCUCGGCCGUUGAUUUUGACACGUUGCAAAUCAGAACCGUCGAGAACGGCGGAGAAGAUGAACCCAGAAGUCGGAUUCUGGAAAAAGAGAAGGUUGGGGAUUCCUGAUUCUUGCUUACCAAACAAUUCAUAAUAUAUAUAAGCAAAAAUACCACUUUUAAAUCUUAAUUUCUUUACUCUUUCAUUUCUUCUUCUUACUUCAAUAUUGAUAGUUUUUUUUUUUUUUUUUUUUUUUUUUCCAUUUUGGGUUUUGUAUAAAUUUCUCAUCUCUAAAGCUGUGGUAGAGAAUCUCCAUGGCAAAAAAAAAAAAAGAAAAAAAAAAGAUAUGAUGAAGAAAUUGUGAAAAAUUGUUAAUUUUAUUUGCCUAUCAAAAUCUAGAGCUUCUGUAUUUAAUGUCUCUUUCUUUCUGUACAUGCAUUGCCAUGGCACCAUUAAUACACACUUUUUCAGACAGAGAUAAUA